GGUGCGUCACCCGGAGUCGCCUCAUUGAUUAUUCAUUAGGGGCGGGCUAAUUACAUGCACAAUUAUUCAGCCGAAAGACACUUAAUAGCUGGAAGUGGGCGGGGCCUCCUACGUGUAAUUAGUAUGCACGAAUUGAUAAUAUGCAAAUUAGGUCAUUAGUAGCUUCGGCGUGUAUGCAAAUACGCUAAUUAGCUAGUGUCCCAAAUCUACGAUGGAGGCACAUGCAAAUUAGGCAGGGCAGGCGCGUGAGAUGGCCCUGAUCUUCCUCUUCAGCUGCUGCUUCUUCCCCCUCCUCUUCCUCGCCCUGCGCUGGGCGCUGCGCCGCCCCCGGGGCCUGGGCACGGACCAGCUGCCAGCCACCUACGUCGCUGCCAAGCUGGUCUCCUCUGUCCAGGCCGUCAUGGCCUCCACCGCCGGAUACAUCGUGUUCAGCUCCUGCCAGCACGUUCUCGACGACCAGCAUUGGCUGACAAGCGCCUACACGCAGUUCGCGGUGCCCUACUUCAUCUACGACAUCUACGCCAUGUUCCUGUGCCACUGGCACAAGUACCGGGUGAAGGGGCACGAGGGCGCAGGGCCCCGCUCGCUGCGCACCGUCACCGGCGCCUUCCUGCACAAGGAGCUCCUCAUGGUGCUGCACCACCUCUGCAUGGUGCUGGUGUGCUUCCCCGUCUCCGUGCUGUGGCGCCAGGGGAAGGGCGAUUUCUUCCUGGGCUGCAUGCUGAUGGCCGAGCUGAGCACCCCCUUCGUCUGCCUGGGCAAGGUGCUCAUCCUGUACAAGCGGCAGCACACCCUGCUGCACAAGGUGAACGGGCUCCUCAUGCUGGUGACCUUCUUCUGCUGCCGCAUCCUGCUCUUCCCCUACAUGUACUGGGCCUACGGGCGCCACGCCGGGCUGCCCCUGCACCGCGUGCCCCUCGCCCUGCCGCCCACCUGCAACCUGGGAGCCGCCCUGCUCCUGGCCCCCCAGCUCUACUGGUUCGGCCUCAUCUGCCGCGGGGCCGCCCGCCUCUUCCGCCGGGCCCGGCCCAAGGACGCCACCUCUGCCGCCCUGCGCAAUGGGCACGGCCCCGGGGGGCGGGCGCUGGACUGAGCCCCUGCCCUGCCGACGGGCACGGCCCGGAGGGGCGGGCGCUGGACUGAGACCCCCCCCGUGCCAUGGGCACUGCCCCUGGAGCAGGCACUGGACUGAGACCUCCCCCCGUGCCAUGGGCACUGCCCCGGGGCAGGCACUGGACUGAGACCCCG